GGUUAAUUUGGUUGUUGUAUUAGUUUGGACGGUUUGGUUAUAAUAUUGUAUUCCAUGGUUAAUGGAAUUUAGCCUUAUUUGGUUUGGUUAUAACCAUGGUAACCAUUUGAAUACCCCUACAUAGAGCUAAUAUCUCAAGUUCUUGUAAUUGGUAAUCUUUAAUUUGACGAAUUUGAGGUUGAGAGACGACUAAUACUAGUGUGAAAUAGUGAUGGAAUGAUCUAUGCAUAAUUAAAUGACACUCUUGGUAGUUGAUGGUCGCCUAGUAGUGAAUGAAAGAGUCUAGUUCAAAGGAUAAAUUACGCACUAGCUUAUAUUUCGGUAUAUCCCGAUCUCAAUCCCGUAAUCCCUAAUACCGAAUAACAAUUGAAAUUCAAUCCCAAUCUCAAUCCCACAAAAUAAUACGUGUAUUCGGUAAUACCAAAUAUAGACAAAUUCGGUACGGUAUUCGGUAUAUCCCAAAUACCGGUACCAAACUUCCAGCCCUACAACUCACAACAAGACUACCUACUACUUGUCAACAGAAGGCACAAGAAUGAAAAAAAAAAAAAAAAACUACAAGGGGCCAUGACCAUUUAAUUUGUGGUGGGCAAAGUGUUAUGUUCCGUCAUGCUCACAAAACGUUGUUUUCUACUUUUCCCCCGUUUUGUUCUUGAAAUUAAAGUGUACAUGUGGGUUUUUUUGGGGUUCCAAAUGAUUAGAGAUGACAUUAGCGUAAUUGAACAUCUCUUAAUGGUACUUUAAUCUAUGCGUGGUUUUGGAUGAAGUAAUUUCAAAAUGAAACAAUUUGACUCAAAUGUCUCGUUUUAAAAAAUAACAUAAUUAGAAUGAGAUAUUUUCUGAAAAUUACUAUCAUAACGUCGCAUCUAACAAAAUUAACACCUCAACGUGCAACAACCUAGUAGACAUAAUUUCAGAGCUCCUGCUAAGCAAUAGAAUCCAACUCGGCGUAAAAAGCUCAGACAAACGAAAACGAUUUCAUCAAGAACGUAACUUCAGUCUCGAGCUAUAUCUCUCAAAGAUCAACGUUUAUCACGAAUUUCUUGGACGAGCAAGAGAAGAACAAAAACACACGAAUAUAGAGAAUCAGAAGACGCUAAUGUAUCGAGAUUCGAGAAUCCCCACAUCAACCAAAUUACAACUUCUUCUCCUUCUCCUAGCUAGAUACCCACACCAACGAACCAAAACCCCCCAACUUAAUUGACCAAUAUCCAAAGAAACCCAUGAAUCAAAACGUUAAAACCUCCCAAUCAAGCAACUAAAACUUCCCACGAAUGAUGAAUCAAACUAACCAAAAACCCCUUAAAGCAGAGCAUCCAAAAUCUUAACUGGAGCUUGGUUUAAUUGAAAAACACAAAAAUCUGCUGAGACCCAGGUCAAGCUACAACUUGCACUUGUGGAUCAUGAUUUGGUGAAACAAGAAUAAUUAAAAAAAAAAAAAGAGUUACAAAUACACAUUAGGCAAUGUUUGGAUGGAUGGAUGAUGAAUUCUCUCGUAGGUCUGAGACGUCUGAGUGGUUCUUCUGAAAGCACGUUGGCUUUCAGUCUUCUUAUGGUACUUUUUAUUUCAUAUAUAAUAUUCCUAUGAGUACCACAUUCCCUUUUCUUUUGUGUUUGUUACUGUGUUAGUGGACCCUAAAACUAACCUAACCCACAACUGUAAACUGUAAACUUGUUUGUUUUGUGCCAUGUGGUGGUUCAUCUCCUUUAACUGGGAAACUUGGUCACAUCAAAGAUAAGGGGAAUCCCACAAGCUAGCCCACAAUUACAUUAUGAACUCGUUAUUAUGGUAAUACAAUAAUACUCACUAGUCACUAGUUGAUCGAGCUACCCAAUCUGCUCUAAUGUCUUAAGGGAUUGUCCCGACUAUGAUUUUUCAGGGUUAAGCGAGAGGAUUGAAAUCAUGGUCAGUAUCUUUCAGCGACAAUCAUCCCGAAUGUCACUAAAGAAACUAACUUUUUUUUUGUUUGAACUUAUUAACUGUAACACAUAUGGCGAAUCCCACAUCGACAAAGCACGAGAGAGAUCCAUGGUUCAUAAAUUAGAAACCGAUCUUAACUGACAAUACGCGUUUUGGGGUGUAAUGGAAGAGUUCUUGUGAGAACUACAAAGUUAAACGUGCUCAGUGUGGAGUACAACAAGGAUGGGUGCCUUAUGGGAAGUCACCUUGAAUUGCACCCCAAGUCGAAAUCCGUGCGGGUGUAGAGGCCCAAAGCGGACAAUAUAUUCUGCUGGUGUAAACUGAACGAAUCAUGACUUCUAAUUAAGAAUGCUUUUCAGUUCCACAUAGUGCAUAUGUUUGAGUAUACUGAAAUACAGUCACAUGACUACACAAUUAUAUAUCACAUGUGGCUCUCAUAACAUUAUGCAUUCUCAUGUCUGUUGUUUCAGUGAUGAGCAGGAAGAUUAUAGUACAUACCCCCAUGUUCCAAGAACUUUCAACCUAUUCCCCCUCCAUUUCCAGGCAAUGGAAGACUGAAAUCAGACUCUCUAACAGGAAAAAAAACAACAGAAGUACUGGGUUUCCAUUGAAUGCUGCAGUUUGGGAUUGUUUGGGUCACAAUAGGAGGAGCUAGCUUUCUGAAGUUUGAAAAAGGAAUGUGAAUGAAUGUGCUCAUUUGGUAACAUAUCACAGUAUGAUCAAGAGGCGAACACAGAAGAAAGGGCAGAAAAUGAUGUACAAGAACAUAAACAUGUACAUAUGUUGUAUUCUUUUAAGUGGGAGAAUGUCUUGCUUCCCAUAUUGGUUUGUUUAUGAGAAGAAUUGAUAACCCGACAUGCAAUAAUAAACUGGCAAGUUCAUUUCUUGAUAGAGAAGUGUGAGACAUAUGUUUCAAGAGGAUACAUUCACAUUAGGAUGUUAAGAUAAAGGAAGAAAGGAAAGGUUCUUUGCCUCUUUAGGGGUUUCUUUAAUAAGAUUUUGAUGGCUUUUAACAUGAUUUAUGUUUGCUGUUAUUUGUACAUAUCACAUCAUAAUCGUCCAAUAAGUUGUUAAUUUAUACCCCUUGCUUUAACUUUGUAAAACAAGCUUGUUUUGCUUUUUAGAAUAGGGAAAAGGGUGUUGGGAAAAUUUGUCAAAUAACGGAUUCCAAUUCGAACCCUCCAUUGUAUGAGUCUACCACCUUAAUCGUAUUGACAAUGAUAUCAUGGAUAGUACAAGUUUGUUUUGUUUAUAACGACGUAUUAUUUACGAUAAAAUGACAGUUUUGCUACUCAGUAAUUUGUGUUUGAGUUGCAGCAGUAUCUCCCUACAAAAACAUUAAUCCCUCUUUUUUCCCCAUUUAACAUCGUGUUGUUAAAACUAUCUUGUAUCUUCAAUUCAAACUAUCUCUUAAGCUCUUCCCACUAGUGCCUCUAGUUAACUAUUCCUCAAGGAUUGUAAAAUUGUACCGAAAAAGUCAACGAUAGCAUAUUUUACGCUGACAUCGCACCUGCCGAUUUAUCCUCUAAUAAGAGGUUUUUUCUGUUGCUAUUCCUUUUCCCAAUAUCUUAUAACACCAACUUCCACCUCAUUGUGGAUACACAUAACAACAAACUUAUGACCAAUCUCCAACUGGGUCCAAAUUUUUUUUAAAAUAUUUUGGGCCAUAAUUAUGAUGGGUGUAUAAUGGUAGUUGGUGUUCAUGGCUACAUUAUUGAGUGCCUGCUCACUGAACCUCUGAAUCCAAUAUAGCUAAACCUUGAAAACCUAAACCACUUCCUCUCCUAAUUUCUUCUUAUCUUCCCCACUAACCCAUAUUCGAAGGGAAGCAUCAUCUCCAAAAACCCUAAACCAUGCCGUCGAAGAGAUUCCAUCAACCACUUCCUCUCCCCUUUUCUUUCUUAUCUUUUCUUUCUUCCCCAGUCUCUUUUGGGAAAAAGGAGAGAAUUUUUUUUUGUUGGUACAAGCUCCAAAAAGAUAACCCUCAAAAUGACAAAGAUUCGAUUCCAAUUAACGCGUUUGCUAGGAAAGCUCCUUGUAGUUGUAGAGCCAACCACAAAGAGGGAUUCUAUUUUGGAGGCUCCAACUUUCUGGGACCCAUUCUAAACUAGACUGAUAACUCAAGGCGGUGGGGAGAUUAGGGGUAUAAUAAUAAUAGUAAUCAUGUAGGUUAAAUUAGAGGGCCUUGAAAUGAAAGGGAAGGUGAAAUGGGAAAGGAAUAGCUAAUAACAUAUGCCCUUGAUCAUAAGGGUUGUUUGGAUGUAAGAUUGUGACGGGGGACAUUGUGUCCUUGUCGUGAAACACGACCUUUAACUAGGGAUGGCAAUGGAUCGGGUCGGGUGCAGAUAGUGCAUAUCCGUCACCCUACCCAUAGUAGUUCGGGUUUUAUCCAUACCCAUACUUACAUGUGAAACGGGUAGAAAAUCAAAACCAUGCCCAUAUCCGUUCGGGUUUCGGGUAUCUACGGUUAUCCAUGGGUAAUAAUUUCUCUUCAUAACUCCAACCAAUAUGUUAACAUCAUAUGUAUUCUCACAUUACAUAAGAGGAAAAGUACGACAAUAAUUCACUAGAAUAAAGAAAAUUAAUUAAA